UCCACGGACUUUGCCAGACCCGCUGAGUGACUCCAGCACUGUGUGACCUUCCCACGAUGCAUGCUGCCCCCCCCAUGUGACUCUGCGCAAUGGCAGGGGGCGGGGCCGGCAGUCCCCCUCGGAUUGGCGGCUAUGAUUUGCGGGUGCAAACGGGAGAACGGCCCUUCGAUGGCUCGGAGUGCGGCAAGAACUUCACCCACUCCAACAACCUGGUACGGCACAACCACACGCACUCCAGUGAGACCCCCUUCGGCUGCUCCAACUGCGGCAAGAGCUUUACCCGCUCCAACAGCCUGCUGGAGCACCGGCACACACACACACCGGCGAGCACUCCUUCACCUGCGCCCAGUGCGGCAAGGGCUUCACCCACUCCUCCAAGCUGCUGUCCCACCAGCAGGUACACACCAAGACCGUCUCUUCUCCAGGCCCUUCGGCUGCUCCGACUGCGGCAAGAACUUCAACACAGCGUACGACCUGAAGGCCCACCGGCGAUUCGAGUCGAGGCUGCGGGUGCACCGGCGGCGUGGAAGAAAAAUUAAUAUCCUUCCUUACUUGAUUUCGAUUGGCAUUGAACAAGGAAACGAAAGGGUGUUUGGAUGUGACAAUUGGCAGCUCUUGCUUGACCAGGUGCAGAAGAGGUUCGUGGGAACCGGCAAAAUGUCGACAGUGGGCCCAGAAUACUCGCCGACAUGAUCUUCUCUACACUGAACUGCGGAGUAUUUGUCAAAUAACUGUCAUCUUAUGUACAUUGUGUGAAAUUGUGAUUUGUUAACUACACAAAACAAUGCAAAUGGCGAUUUAUUUAUUAUUGUAUCUACGUUGGAUGUUUUGCUCUUUGGUGUAAGUAGGGGUGGGGCUAUCAUUGUGUUACAUACGUUGAAUUGUACAUCACUUUCACUGGUUAGCUGAUAGGCUGAACACUGCAACCCUGUAUAUCUCGUGCACAGAAUAAUGUAAAUUAUGUAAAUCUUACUAUGCAUGUCAGAAAUACAUUGCGUACAGUUUUGGUCUCUUAAUCUGAGGAAAGACAUUCUUGCCACAGAGAAGGUUCACCAGAUUGAUUCCUGGGAUGUCAGGACUUUCAUAUGAAGAAAGACUGGAUAGACUCGGUUUGUACUCGCUAGAAUUUAGAACAUUGAGGGGGGAUCUUAUAGAAACUUACAAAAUUCUUAAGGGGUUGGACAGGCUAGAUGCAGGAAGAUUGUUCCCGAUGUUGGGGAAGUCCAGAACAAGGGGUCACAGUUGUCACAGU